GUGUAGUUGAUCUGUGACAUAAGCGUAGUGGCCCCUUUCUCACAUCUUCCUCGUCCUCUCAUCAUCCCGUAAGGUCCGAUAUGGCGGAAAGAGAAGACAUCAACACUCUUUUCUCUUCCUCCCCCCUGCUCCCAUCUUUAGAAGAAGAAAGCUAAAGAAGUGACUCGAGGCUUCUAACAGCUUUUUUCCUUACAGGAGAUUAUUCGAAAGACAGCUUCAAGCACAGAAUGGAGUGAAGAGGAGAAGACUUUUACUUAAUUUUACAAGCAUCUCUACGUGGAUUUAGGAAGAAAAAUAUAUUUGGAAAACGCUGACAGCACGUCUAAAGCAAUAGAACUUGGGGGUUGUCAUGGUUCGACGUAUUUUUGGAGUGUUUGGAGCGAUAUCAGCGCGCACUUUUGCGUGAAACAAGACCAGGAACUGCAUUUUGACAUUUUGGAAUAUAACGGAGGGAAGUGACUACGACUCUUACAACACGUUGCUCGUGUAUUGACUGCCAGUUAAUUAGCCUAUCAUUAGAUUUCAGCUGCUCAAGUGAGGAAUGAGAACGAUUACGCAUUUAGAAUGACGAGCACAAAGUUUUUUUCUCCCAAAAUCAAUAUCAGCGCUCUGUCCGAUCAUCCAUCAGUAUUUUUCUCAUGUAAAAUCCUCCGUGCAUUUGGGCUGCGUAAAAGUGGACAGACUGCUCCAGCGUAAUGCGCGGGCAACGAAGGACCGACCAGUGUCACUAUCAUAUUCAAGAGAAGAGCGGAAAAAAGGGAGAGGCUUUAGAAAGGGAUUUUUGGAACCCAGAAAGUUCUGUCAGAGGUUCCUAGUGCCUCUUUGGGAGAAGGGGGCGAGAGGACGCGACCUUCUGAAGGGGGAACAUUUGGCUGCAGCGGUGAAAAGAGCGGAGGGGGGUUGGAUUAUUAAAAAAAUAUAUAUAAGAUACUGCCCAGGUCAAGAUUUUAAUUGUCAUCCGUUUGGGGACUCUGCUUGCAGCUCUGACAUAGCAGGUCCCGGUCGAGAGGAGAGCGAUGAAGACGUCACUCUUUCUACUACUCCUCAUCCUCACCCUCCUUGCCUCAGGAGCCAGCAGUGAUGUCAAGUACAUUUCUAAGAGAAACUCUGUUGAUGGGUGCAUCGACUGGUCGGUGGAUCUUAAGGAGUACCAUGUUCUGGCCGGCGAGCCAGUAAGGGUGAAAUGUGCCUUGUUCUACAGUUAUAUCCGGACCAACUACACCAUGGCCACCAACGCCAAACUGCGUCUCAUCUGGUACAAGAACAAAGGGGAUGCUGAGGAACCCAUCAUCUUCUCAGGCCAUAGGCUGAGUAAAGAAGACGAUUCCAUCUGGUUCAGGUCUGCUGAAAUGGAAGAUAAUGGUUUCUACACUUGUGUACUAAGGAACUCUACAUACUGCAUGAAGGUGUCUAUGUCUAUGACUGUAGAGGAGAGCGAUGAGGGGAAAUGCUUCAGCAGCAAUAUCCGCUAUCUGGCGAAAGCUGAGGUUACCCAUAGCAAAAUGAUCACAUGUCGUGAUAUCGAUGAUUAUUUGGCUCCAUACAAACAACCUCAAAUGACCUGGUACAAGGAGUGUGAGCGGGUUGAAUGGAGAAGUUCAAUUAUCGGCAAUAAUACACACAUCUGGAUCCCUGAGGUGGAGGAGGAAGAUGGGGGGAAUUACACUUGUGAGUUGCAGUAUGGAUCCAGACUGGUACGGAGGACAACACAGCUCAAAGUCACAGCUCUCCAGACCACCCAGCCACCUAAAGUCCUUUUUCCCCCGGAGAGACAAGACACAUUUAUUGAGAUCACACCUGGUUUGCCUCUCAGUCUGGACUGCAAGGCAUUUUUUGGCUACAGUGGAGAAAACCGCAGACCUAUCAUCUACUGGAUGAAAGGAGAGAAGUUUGUUGAAGAACUUGCUGGACACAUUAAAGAAAGUGAUGUCAGGAUUUUAAGGGAACAUUUAGGCGAAAAGGAAGUCCAGCUGUCCUUGACUUUUGACGCCAUCGAGGAGACUGACCUGGCUAAUUACACCUGCUACGUGGAGAACCACAUUGGGAGGCGCCGCGGGAGUGCCAUACUGCUGAAGAAAGAUAUGUAUCGUUUGGAGUUGGCUGGUGGUCUGGGUGUCAUAUUGCUGCUGCUGGGAGUCCUAACGGCCCUUUAUAAAUGCUACAACCUGGAAAUUAUGCUAUGCUACAGGAGACAUUUUGGCAGUGAUGAAACUGAAGAUGAUAAUAAGGAGUAUGAUGCCUAUUUGUCCUACACCAAGGUGGAUCUGGACUCUUUGUGCAGAACUAGCAGUGAUGAGGAAACUUUUGCUUUGGAAAUCUUGCCUGACAUCUUGGAGAAACACUAUGGAUACAAGCUCUUUCUUCCAGACAGAGAUCUCAUUCCGAGCAGUACAUACAUUGAGGACCUCGCUCGUAGUGUGCUGCAGAGCAGACGGUUGAUCAUCGUUUUGACACCAGAGUUUGUGGCCAAGAGAGGUUGGAGCAUCUUUCAGAUAGAAACACGCCUCCAUUCCAUGCUGGUAACUGGGGAAAUCAAGGUAAUCAUGAUAGAAUGUGCAGAUCUGAAGAGUGUAAUCAACUACCAAGAGGUGGAAGCACUUAAACAUACAAUCAAGGUUUUAUCCAUCAUCAAUUGGAGAGGUCCCAAAAGCAAUGAACUGUCAUCCAAGUUUUGGAAACAGGUGGUCUACGAGAUGCCCGCUAAACGAAGAGAGACUUUGUCCCGACGUCAGGUGAUGGACUCGGGAGAGCAGGGGCUCUUUGGAGAUCUACAAACAUCUGUCUCUACCAUUGCCAUGACAACCACCUCAGCAUCCCUGGUGGCUCCAAGUGAGAAUCGGCAUGGACAUCAUCAGGUUUCCUUGGCAACAGAGAUCCCUGACUACAACCAGAUGACCUUGCCUAUUGGAGGGGGUCACAUGGCUACCGCAGCCCAAAUGAGGCACUUUUGCCGUAGCUACGAGUUUCAUCUUCCCACGCAGCCACCUGCCCUGUCGCCUCCCCUCCCACCUCCGUCUACCAUGCAGUUCUCCACUCUGGGCCCUGGGGGGCGCCACGUCUACUGCAAUAUCCCUAUGACAAUUCUAAAUGGACAGGGGUUCAGGGCAGUUGACUGGGGCAGAAGAGGUUUCUCAGAGCAGCACACUUGGAAAGAAGCCCGAUCUUCACCUGAACAGCACCUUUGUCCCACUCACCAGCAGAGAACUAAGCUCUGAUAUCUGGUAGAAGCAUUGCUUUACUGAUGCUGGACUAAAGACUACUGGUUUACAAAGAAAUUCUCACUGACUUGGGACAAAGCUUUUUGGACCUUCUACAAAAGUGAUUUACGGCCUCUUCAGCCCAUGCUGUGAUCAUAAACUGCUCACAUAUUCUAAAACGUAUGGACCGGACAAGAUCCGGACUGCUUACAGAUCACCACAGACUGAUUGAUUAAACUGAUUGUAUAUUUGUAUUGCCCCAAGCACUGAACUACAGACCGAUAUAAAGUUGGAUUUAAAAGGCUUCCAAUACAGGUAGAUAUGCCACUGAAAAUGUGCAGCCUCAUUAGAAGCAUGGACAUGUUGGAUCUGUUGAUGAUUUGAAUAGUAAAUGUCCUUGAGAAAGAUUCAGCAUAUUUAAACAAUAUGAAGUCAUCCACCAGCCAUGGGGAUAUAAUAGGGUCGCACUGAAAAGAGAGAAAUAAAAUGACAGGACUCAAGUCAUAAUACUGUUCUUUUAAUGAGUGGCUGUUAAAAUUCGUACACAACCCAAAUGCCACCGUUUUUAUAUUUAACCCUAUUCUCAAUAUAUUUUGACUUGGUAGACCUAAUACUCCUUUACAGUGUUGGACUUUGGGUAGAAAAAAAAUGGUUGGUCUGGACAUCUGAUAUUUUUUAGAACCUUAACAAUUUGGGAUGUUUGGUUGAGCUUUCAAAAUCAAUGUCCCGCAUAGUCAGGUCAUAAAAUGAAAGAUCUCAACAACCUCGGGACACCAUUCCAUUCUAAUAAAUGCAUAAAUGUGUUAUACUGGCUAUCAGGUUCUAACCGUGUACUUCCACGGAAGACGAAAAUUGAUUAAUUUCAUCAAUUAAAGAAAAUUAAGAGGCAAAUGAUGGCGACAGCAGUGACCGACUGAUUAGCAUGUACACCUCACGGUUCAACGGUCGGGGGUUUGACUUUUGCCUUCCUUUGUGCAGUUUACAUGUUCUCCGUGUACCUACAUGGGUUUUCUUCAGGUAAACUGGCUGCCUCCUAUAUUCUAAAAAAUAAAAGUUAGGUUCAUUGAAGAAAUAACCUUGCCAUAGAGUCCAAUCUAGAUUGUAACCCUUUUGCCUGAAACCAGCUGGAACAGGCUCCGUCCGGAACAGCCUCAACAACAUAGAAAGUGAAUGGAUGAUGGCUACAACUGUAAAGUCAGUCAGGUGGUACACAUUCAUUUAAACUUCAUCCAGAUUAUUUAUUUGUUGGGGAAAGAGGGUAGCAAUGUAAAAGAGAAGCCACUUCAGUGUUCAGCUGGUUGAACUUGUGAAGCGAUGAACUGAAUAACCUUUACCCUCAAUCUGAAGGUGCGAAGGACAUGGCUUUUUCUAUUUGCAUGAUCACCCGUUUGGAUAUAUAUAUAUAUAUAGUGUAUAAACAAAAAAGAUUUUAAAAAAAUAGGUCGAUUAAAUGACAUAAUCAUUUGUCGCAGCUUCUUUUAACUUGGGAGAAUGGUGUUUAAUCGAUGGGGUGACAGAGCAAGAAAAAGUCUGGUUCUCCUAAAAGUUAUGAUUUUUAUGAUUUGUUUUGUUUGGCUUUGUUGACAGUUUUUUCCUUCUAUAACUGGUGAGUUUUACUUGUCUUAGUUUUAAAUGUUGGUUUGUUACAAUAAUCUCUGUACAGCUUCAAUAAUGUACACAUAUACUAUCUUGACAGGAGUGACUUUUUUUCCCCUACCAUUUCUGUUCCAUGUCAUUUUGUUUAACUUUCAAGAAGGAUCACUCAGUCAACAGGGAGUGCCACAGCAUUGUUUGUCAGAAGCAGGGCGAACAAAUGCAGCUUGGACCAGGGUUUAUUGAAGGGUUAGGGUUAGGGUUAGGGUUAGACACAGGGGGGACAGAGGCUCAUGGACAGCGGGCAGGAAAAUGGAAGUCCACUCGGACCAGAAACAGAUACAGGAACAGGUUCUGACCGUGAGCCUCCACACGAGACCGGGGGGAAUGGAUGAGCAGGACAGGAACAACAGGAGCGGAAACAGACGGGAAGUAACAGUAGACACCGACAGGGAGAAACACACGGGCAGGGCUUAAAUACACAAGGUAACAGAUCAUUAUGGUGAUGAAAGGGGCGUGGCUGAGGGAAGUUGCUGGCUGAGUGUCCAAUGGCACGGGCACGUGACAUUGUUCUUUGAGAGCUUUAAGAAAUAAAACAGAUUAUUCUCAUUAUUACCGUGAUAUUUAAGCAGAGAACCUGUUUUGAAUUUAUGCAAAAAUUCUGUCAUCGUCUUUACAGAAUAGAACCAAUGAAUUCUGGAUAUUUGAGAUUAUUUGAUACAAUAAUUAUCAUUUAGUUGGAUGGAUGUUCUAUCCAAUGGCAAUAUAAAGUCUAGUGGUUGUCUUUUGAUUUACAAAAAUUGUGUUGAAUAUUCUUUGAAUAUACUGGUUGGAAUAAUUUAAAUAAAAAUAAAAAUCA